GAAGAAUAUCCAGAUAGGGGAGAUGAAUUCUGUCAGGAAUAUUUUGCUUUUAUAAUACGUUAUAUGAAUGAAGACAUUAUUGAGAAUUUGGAACCAAUGAACAUAUGUGGGUUUUUAUACCAGAAUGAAUGCCUUGAAGAUACCGAUUUGACGGCAGUUAAAUCAGUAGAUUGUAGUGAAGGAAAGUAUAAGGCAUCUCAAGAACUGUUUUUCAGAAUGCAAAGAAGAAGGAAGAAUAACUGGCCAGUUUUGUUUAUGGAAGCUUUAAAACAUUCAGGAGAAGAAGCUGUUAAAGCUAAGAUGGACCCUGCAGCGACAGAAGAGGAUAUAGUUCCAACUGAAAUUAAUUAUCUGGCUGACAAAAAUUCUGUUCCUUUGUACCUCAAGUUAUUGGAGUCAGGAUCUGAGAAAAAAAGGGACAUUCGUUUAGUUACUGUUGGAAUGAAAGAAGCUGGAAAAACUUCGCUACUAAAGAGACUAUUUGGAGAAGAAAUAAGUAUGAUAAGAGAGGUGGCCAGUACUAAUGGGAUCGAGAUUCAUAAAAUAACAUGUAAAGCAAACUUGGAUGAUGGCAUAUGGAUUAAGUUAGAUGGUAGCAAUGAAGAAGCUGACCUUCAUGCAAGACUGUUAAAACCAUAUCAGGAAAAAGUUAAGAGCUUGAGCGAAAAAAACAUUGAAUCCUCAGUAGAAGUAGCACCCCAUGAAGCCGCUCAUAACACAUCAAUAAAAAACGUUUAUGAAUCAAAAGAAUCCGAAGUACCAAUUUUGCAGCCAAUUCCUAAUUUUACACUUCCUGUAGCCACGGAAUCUCAGGUUACACCUAUUGCCACCACAUCUCAUGAACUACAUCCAAAUCUAUUAUUGGAACAAGCAUAUAGAGAUAUUGAACCCAUGUUAAAAUCAGAAGUUGAUCUACAUGACAAAGAGAAUUAUGCCACCUUAUUGUUGUGGGAUUCUGCAGGAGAUGAAGAAUUUUACCACACACAUCAAACUUUUUUGUCUCCAGAUGCAAUUUAUCUAGUUGUUACAAAACUCAAUGAGGCUGAUGAAAAAGAGGCACAAGAUUUUUUCCGGUUAUGGAUAGACUCAAUACAUUGCUACAGCAGACUUGAAGAGGGCAAACAAAAAUGUGGUGAAAACAUGAGUGCGUCUGAUGGUCUUGACCCACCAGUAGUUAUUGUUGGUACUUGGAAAGAUGCUGUGACUUCAGAGCCAGAAGAGACUGAAGACGCAUGCAGAGAGAACAUUUUGAUGUAUACUGAAAAUAUUGCUGAAGAUGAACGCGGACAUAUAAGGAAUGAAGUGUUCAUUUCCAAUACAGAAGAUGAUAACUGUGUAUUCCAGAAAAUACGACAAGACAUCUUGAAGUUAGCCAGAACGAUGAGAACAUGGAAUAUAGACUAUCCUUUGAAAUUUAUGCAACUGGAAAAAAGUCUUCAAGAGAAGAAGAAGGAGAUACCAAUUAUUGCCUUUCAGGAACUUAAGCACAUCUCUACAGAAACAUCAAUGCCAUUGAAUGAUGAGGAACUAAUUUUGUUUUUGAAAUUUCAGCACGAAAUCAGAGCUUUGGUUUAUUUUCAAGAUCUUCCAGAUUAUAUUAUUUUAGAUACGCAAUGGUUGUCUAAUGCUUUUAAAUGCAUAGUGACUGCAAAGAAAUUUCGAGCUGUAAGCAUCAAGAAUAAAAAAAGAUGGAAAGAAUUUCAUUCUAAAGGAAAAUUACAUAGUAUGGUUUGGGAAGAUAUAUUAAGAAAAGAAGAAAACAUUUUGUACAAACACAAGGACCAUAUCUUGAAUGGAAUGGAGAAAUUUGAUAUAAUUAUACGUCCAAUCAAAUCAGAUAGAUAUCCUGCCGAUGAAAGAAUGUGUUAUUAUGUACCUUGCAUGAUAAAAGCAAAACCAGGUUGUGACAUUUAUGAAAUGUUUAAUGUGGCAGAAGAUACCUGUAAAAAGUCCACUUGGAUAUGUUUUAAAUUUAGGUUUUUGCCACCACAUCUAAUGAAUCAUUUGAUUGCUUCACUGUGUCGGGAGUAUGAAGUUUCAGAAGUGGGUGUCACCGAACAGGGUAAAACACAAGCAGAAAGGGUAAUUGCUCUUUUCAAAGGGACUGCUGUCUUCGAGUUAGAGAAGAUAACAAAACUAAGUAAAUUACUUAUAACAGCAUGUCCAAAUUUUAUUCAGAUGCAGAUCUUAGAAUUUGGUAGGAGAGCUAUUAUAAAGAGAGGUAUGUACAAACACAUUGCCGACUUUGUGACAGAGGAAAUAAACAAAAUUAUAAGUACAAGAUUUAGGAUGACCAAUAUGAAUUGCAGAAUCCAGAAUAUUACUGUGAGACAUGUACAAGAACGCACAUGCUCAUUGGUGAAUGGUCAGAUGUACAAAGUAAUACACAAUGCGUAAGUGAAUUGUUCAAAUAUAUGAGACAUUAAUGUAAUUGCCUCUUCUAGAAAUUUAAAAUGAACACAAUGCAUGUAAACUCAGAGGCAAAGGGGUUUUAAGAUAAGGAAUUAAAAAAAUAUAUACCAAAGAAAUU